AUGAAAACUUUAGGAAGUGAUUCUAGUUAUAAACCAUUGUACAUCACUGACGUCUCAAGAGAAAAAAGUGAGGUAUCAAGCUCAACUUCGAGAGACAGCUCAAAUUCAAGGGAAACAGCAAACUCUGAUGCUGAGAUAUCAAAUGAUAAUGCUACCCUUCUACAACUUUCUGAAUCUAAGAAUAUUAUUCUGACAAAAUUUCAAGAAUUGUGGUGGAUCCAAGGGAAUAUGCAUCCAAGUGCAAAGUGGGAAGAAGCUUUUGAUGUUGAUUGGGAGAAAUAUUCAGAACGAACUGAUAUGUUCGAUGUACAUGGAAAUUGGGAGUGGAUAGAUAGGAAAGUUUACGUCUAUGAAUUGCCUUUAAGACCUCAUGAAAUUUGUUCUAGUUGUCAAUCAUUCACACUGUUAGAUAAUUCAAACAUGCUUCUGAUUAUUGAAUAUAUAAAAGGAACAAAGGUUGGUGCUAUAGGAAAAGAAGCAAAUGGAUCUUACAUACCAUGGGGAAAACCUAGAGCAAAUUCAAAUGGAUGUGAGGGUCCAGAUUCUUAUAAACCAUGGCCCAAUCUUGUGAUAGAAAUUGCCUCUUCAGAAACUGAAAAACAUUUAUUAAAUGCAGUAAAAAAUUAUUGGCUCUAUCCAGGCAGAGCUCAUGAUGCAAUUGCAGUAAAUAUUAGUACAAAAUGUCUUUUUCAUGGAAUGCCAUCUGAUUUUCAUAUACCUGCAUCAAUAUCUAAUCCUCUUAUAAUAGAUUUUUAUGAAAUUUUACAUGAUAUGGAAGAAGAACUUAGGAUUUCAUAA